AUGAAAGAUUCCUGGUCUAUGGAGUUUUACGCGGCAAACGCAUUGACUGGCAAGCAGGAUGUGCCUGCCUUGCAAGAAAUAACUGCGACCUCACUUCGUCCUGAUGAGGUCUUGUCCACAGAUACCAAGGCCAUUGAAGAAACGACUGAACGGUCGUCCCCAGCGAACCACGAACAAUUGAUCCAGUUUCCGGAAGAACCGGUUGACGAACUCGUCCCAUCACCUCAAUCAACGAACCCAAAUCCCAUGACCAGCAUCAAUCGAAAGCCUCCAGAACAAUGCGAAUACUUUUCUCAUACACGUACUGAGCGAAACCUUCACAAAACCACGGACCUCUUCAGCCACGGCACACAUGAGUACUCCAAUCCUGCUGCCAGAUACAAAUCAGGUCAUCCAAGACACAGCCAGUGCAAACAGUGUUAUAUGGCACAUUGUUUCGACGAUAGAUGCUGGAACCCGGCCAAACACGGGGCUACUCUCAGGAAGCAUCCUCAACUACGGGACAAAGAGAGGGAGGACAGUUUCGCAGUAGACAAGGCAAGAGCGCAGGCUAGGGCGUGGGCAGCGAUGCAGGAAAUUCAUACAAAGCCGAUGGUGAGUUAUGACUAUGUUCUUCUAUCUGACGAUAGUGACAAUGAGGAGGAGAGUGAGGAGAGCGAAGCUGAGACGCUGGCAGCUGAAGACGAAGAAAUAGAUGAGCACAUAUCAACCCUGAACUACGAAGAAUAUACUGAUCAAGAUACUAUGGACGAGAGAUAA